GCACACGUCUGCCAAUGAUGACGUCAGGGUUAUCGCGUUUCGGACUCGUAAUCGGGUUGUCAUCGUUCGAUACGCCGUAACUCGUUCGAAUUUCACCUGUUCGAACAUGCUUCGCUCGUGUGAGCGUCUUAUAUACCGUCUGGAGGCCAAGGGAAAUCGUGAAAAAUCGCUUCGCUAACAAACACCCAGAUAGACAGACAUGUUGUUGACGAUAACAUGCAUGCAUUCAACGUAUAUUAUUUUAUGAUACUAUUGAUGAAGCGGCAUAACAUGUUUGUAAUAUGCUUGCCGUAAGAAAUAUUUUUUUAUUAUUUCAUCCUUUGCAGCAAAAUUUAUGUAUUUAUGCUACUAUUUUAACUCUUGAAUUCAGUCUCCCCAUACAGCACAGAAAGUUGCAGCAACAUUGCCAUAACGUUGCAACGUUCUAGCAAUAUUGCUGUAAUUUUUGUACUGUAUGGGUCCAUAUCUAUCAGACAAUCUGCCGAAAUUUAUCUAUCUCGAAGGUGAUGCGAGCGACUGCGUUCAAUCACCUGAUGAAAUUUGAAAAACUGCCCGAAUCUCCGGAGAGAACACGGGUUUCUGUGCUGCGUGAUACGCAAGUGAAACGAUCACGCAAUCACGCGAUAGCCAGAACAAACGGCCCGAUUCUUCGACCUUCGAUCUUGUGCAAAUCUGAUAGUCCACCGUACGCCGCGUUAUCGCUCGAUUCCGCGCGAGUCGCGCGAAGCGAUUGGAAGCAACAAGCGAUUUGUCGCAACCGGACGACGACUUCUCGACGAUCACGAGAAAAUCGAGCGAGACGAGCAACUUUCUUAUCUCCGGCGCGGCGAUACGGCCUCUCCGCGUUACGAUUGCGUUUAUCUCUCAGUCGAGCGCUUCGCUUGUUCGGAGCUUCCUCUUCCUCUUCCUCUACAUGAGGAUACAUGACGUGAGGAUACAUAAGGUUCCUCGUGGUGAAAAUGCCGGAAAACUCGGCCACGGAUCGCGCUUGGCGACGGUGCGCCGUGCACGAGCAUCCGCCGAAAGAGAUUCUGCGGCCGUUCUCACCGCCUGCGCCGGAGAAGACUUUGACGGGUCCGGGUCCCAGCAACUGUUCGAAUCGAGUCCUUGGUGCUCUCGGUUAGCAAGUGCUUGGUCAUCUUCAUCCCGAGAUAUGCCAGUUGAUGGACGAAAUCAAAGCGGGACUACAAUACGCCUUUCAAACUAGGACCGACUCAAACCGACUCACCCUAGCACUGAGCACAUCCAGUCACGGUGGGAUGGAGGCUUGCUUGGGAAAUUUGCUCGAGCCGGGCGAUACCGUGCUGAUCGCUAAAUGUGGCAUUUGGGGAGAACGCGCGGCGGACAUGGCCGAUCGCAUCGGCGCGAAGGUAGAGUUUCUGGAAACCGCACACGGCGUAGCUUUUGAACUGGACGACUUGGAGGCGGCUCUGAAGAGAUGUCGACCGGCAGUCGUGUUUGUCACUCAUGCGGAAUCAUCGACGGGCAUGAAGCAACCUCUGGAAGGUGUCGGCGAACUCGUUUAUAAGCACGACGCACUGCUGAUCGUCGACACCGUGGCGUCGCUGGGCGAGGAACCAUUUUUCAUGGACACCUGGCGAGUGGACGCGACUUACACCGGCAGCCAGAAGGUCCUCGGCGCUCCUCCAGGAAUAACGCCGGUUUCCUUCAGCCCGCGCGCAGAGAGCAAGAUAUUCCAGAGGAAGACAAAGUCGUCGGCUUUCUACUGGGACAUGAGAAUACUCGGGGAUUACUGGAACUGUUUCGGCGGGCAACGCGUGUAUCAUCACACAAUAAACGCCACGCUGGUGUACGGCUUGCGAGUAGCCCUGACGCAGCUCGCCGAGGAAGGACUGCCCGCUUCUUGGGCCAGGCACGCGGCGGCGGCCGCCAGAUUCAAGCGGGGCCUUCGGACACGCGGUCUGCAGUGUUACGUCGAAGACCGGCGCUAUCAAUUGUCGACUCUUGUCUCGAUAAGAUUACCAGCCGGCGUCGAUGGCAAGGUCGUGGCAGCGCGAGCCAUGGAACGGUACAAGGUCGAGAUUAGCGGCGGUCUGGGACCAACAGUCGGUAAGAUUCUGCGUGUCGGAAUACCUCGUGUCGUCGAUCUCGUCCUUUGCGCCCUCGACGAAGGACUGAAAUAUGCCGUCUCAGCGAAAAUAUAGGUGGUUUACUAUUUUGCGAUCUUCUUAUUGAUAGCUAGAACGCCUCGAAGUUGAGUGUGGUUACAAUCAUCAAGCGACUUCAAACUGAUCGCAGGGGAAUUAUUUUACUGUUUAAUAGUCAGUAACAAUCGUAAUGAUAAUAAUAACAAUAAUUUUUAAUUAAUAAAAUGUUUUGGCA